AUGCUUUGGUUCGUCCUAACCGUGUUCGCGUUCGCUGGUGCUGUAUACUGUGGUGUUAGCCAGCUCGCUAGGUAUAACUCGGAACCCGUGGUGGUCUCUAUAGAGCGAGACUAUCGGGGCUGGUCUACAGACUUCCCUGCUGUCACCGCCUGCCUCUUGGAGAGGGUGGAUGAGGAUAAAGCCAAGGAGAAUUCUCAUAGGAUUUGGAACGUGACUGAGGAGUCUGACUCCGAGAGGUACCAAUAUUACUACGAGUUCGUCGACCUCAUAGCCGAAAUAUCCUUCAGGAAUAACUUGCAGAACUUCUGGAAGUACCAGAACGAUGACACGGUCAAAGAUAUUGAUCUGCUACAGCUGGCUCUAGACGUACAUCCAGAUUUUCAGCCCAAGAUUAAAACGUCGCAAAAAAUGGAGGUCCAAUGGAGGCAGAUAAUGACGGAAGAAGGUCUCUGCACCACAUUCAACUCGGAAUACGCCCAAUAUCAGAUUGUGGAUGACAAUCUGUGGAGGUCGCAGCCUCUAACGAAGUGCCACUACCACAGCGAGGCCUGUUUCGUACGGAUUGACAGCGUUGAAAAUGGCGCCAGGUACUUCAUUCAUUCCCCUUUCGACAUUGCGACGGCCAUAUCCAAUCCGACGGGCGAAAUAUUACCUGGGGACGAGCUGGCCACGGAUUUUAAGGUUGUAGAAAUUCAGGCAGCCGAGAGGAUAAAAGGUCUGAGACCAGAACAAAGGAGGUGCAGGUACCCAGAUGAAUGGGUCGCUAAUUCCAUUAAGGCUUAUAGCUUUGGAUUGUGUCAAAUGCACUGUCGCAGCAGGAUGGCUGUAAUGUUUUGUGGAUGUCGACCAUACUUCCACGUAAAAGGAGGCGAGUAA